AUGGCGAGUUUCUUGCGUAAUGCAUGUGACCAUUGUCGACAGUCCAAGUUGAAAUGCAGCGGUGGCAAGCCUGCUUGUUCUCGCUGUGCACGCAGACACUUAUCCUGCGACUACAGCCCUCUUGGGCCCCGCGGAAGACCACGCCUCACAAAGCAUAGACCAUCCUCGCCUGCUGCAAAACGCCCAAGGACCACUUCUACUCCUACUCUGUCGCAGGACCAGCCGAGGGAUCCUCUCACAGCUCUCCUGAGUCCGGACAAUGAAACAGAUCUGUUCAACAGUCUCGAUCAAUUACCCCUCGUCUUUGGAGAUGACGGUUUUGAUAUGCCGAGCCUCAAUCUCGAUCUGCAGUCUAUGAAUAACUAUCAGAUGGAUCAAAAUCAAACACACCAAAACAGUCUCCCUUCACCAAAUCAGAAUCUGACUGCUUCAAAUCUGAUCGAAACACCACAUUUCGAUGAUUUCAUGGCCUCAGCGGGCGGACUACUAUCGUCUGUAGCUAAGGGGAACGGAUACCAGUCAGACCCGGAUAAUCUAGCCCGUCUCGAUCACCUUCUGCUAUCGCCGCCAUGCCUUGAAAAAUUGCCAUGCAAAGAGGAUAUUGAAAAUUUGAUCAACGAUGACAAAGUGAACACAGUUGUGGAUUGUAUGGCCAAUUGUCAGGAAUCAUCUAACGCCUGUAAGAAUCAUUAUCCGAACCUCGUCUCUCUACCAAGACUGAUAUUAACUCAUUCCUAG